AUAAUGUGACGCAGGUUCCGGAAAUAUUGAGAAGCCAAAUUGUGGGCUUCCCACUCAUGGAUCAUCGAUCAUCCAUCUCUCUGGCUCCUCCACAUCUAUCUUCCAUCUUCCCAUAAUCUUUGGUCUUCGAAACCCCGGGCACACAACCUCAAAGUUUUCAACUGUGGAUUCUCAAUCUCAGCCUGAAAAGCAGGAAAGAAAGGACGAUGGUGCACCAAAGCUAUCUCCUAUUGAUGUGGCUUGCCUGCAUCAGGCAAUUCAGCCAUGGUUUUGUUCCAUCCAACAGCAUUCGUCGUCAUGCGGUGUCAUUGGGACCAGGAUCUCCAAGAUCGGGCACGGCUGUGGCUGCCAUCGCAUUUGACAGCAACUGGCACAAGGGUACCGAAGACCGUUUUGAGAGGACUGCAUCUAGGGAUUCAACAGUCCAGGCUCCUUGCAUUAUCCAGGUUGAUGGUGUGAGCUACAAUCUUACUGCAUGGGCUAAAUCUCAUCCAGGAGGAGACAAGAUUCUUUCAAAAUUUCAUGGUAAAGAUGCCACCAAGGCGUUCUUUGCAGCUGGACAUUCUCAAAGAGCCAUUGAGAUGUUAAAGGAUUUUGCCAUUGGUACUCCCACCAAUCCCCCAUCAGCAGGGCCAUCAUCAUUGCUGCAGGCAAAGAAAAGACCACGCUGGAUAGCAAAAUUGUUCACAAAGGAGGAUCCAAUUGGAGUGCACAAGUCCUUGGGAGUGUUUGUCCUUAUGCAUUUUAUUUUUCGGUUCCGACAAAUGUUCAUUGGCGAUCCAUCUUGUGGCUUGGGAACACGGCUGGGUAAAGGACCAAGCAUUUGGCCCGCAUUGUGCCUGCUACCUCAUGCCAUGUUGAGUCUUUCAAGCUUGAUAUUCCAUACUGUGCCUCGUGAGAGGGUUGUUGGAAUGCCCAUGAUAUGGUCUGAAUACCGGGUGCACAAUAUUGCAUUUGGGGUGAGAUCUGUCAUUACUGCUGCCUUGGCAUGGGCCAGCUUCUAUUUCAAUCAUUCGUCCACUUGGCGCCGUGUUGCCCUCAUUGGGAGUGCUGCUGCAGUCAUUGGAGCCCAAAUCACUGCAGAUCUUGGAACCAAGUACUUGAGAGUCAACAACAAGGAAUCAACAACCGCCACCAUGCCUUACUGGGAUGGCUGCUCCCUGAAGACACAGAAGCGGUUCAAGUCCUUUUAUGCCUACUGUCAAUUUAUGGCUACAAUGGCCUGCCUUGCUGUUGGUAACCCUGGAUGGCCACUGAGUGUUCUUUUAGCCAUCCAAAUGGCUUCUUUGCUCAUGACACUCGUUCGUAAAGGACUGCUGUCUGCUAGGGGAUACCAUAUUGGUUACACUGCAACACUGAUCAUGCCUUGGAUUGUUGGAAUCCGUAGCUUUGCUAAAGGGCCUGAUUUUGCCUAUGCAACUGUGGCUGCUUGGAUUAUCUAUCAACUUCGAAGGAGAGGCAUCAACAAAUACUUGCUUUGGAGUCCUGUAAUUGCGGCGAGAAUCAUGUGGGGAGAUGGCAUGCUUCACUGGCAAGCCUACUGAGGAUGAAUGAACGCCACUCAAUAGAUAUUUUUAAGCGGCUUUCGUUACUAGCUACCUGGUAGUAGAAUGACUCUAAAUUCAAUAAAACAGCAAUAGCUUUC